CCUGACACCAACACCCGCCCUCCAAUAUCUCCACCAUCCACUUCUUUGCAGAUGAACCACCAACAUCUCUUCCAAUUCGUGUUUGCGACCGUGGGGUUGUGUUUGUACGCGCAUUCUGAUCUUUGGACGUGCUUGGAGACCCUUGGGAGAAUUCCGGAUUGUUCUGUCCAGCUGUGACUGCUUUGUCCCUGCGCGCAACGACAUCACCGACAGCGCCUACCAUAUGAACGCACAAUAACAAAGCCCGCUUGCGCGUCCCUCUCAAAAGAAACCCUCGGCCAAGUUCCUCUCUAUCCGCCGCAUCUUCUCCCCUGCUGCCAUGGCCGACCAGGAGGAGGACUAUUCGCAACUCCCGCUGCCGGAUAGAUUUACGCACAAGGUUUGGAAAGUCCGCAAGGAGGGGUAUGAAGCCGCCGCAAAACAAUUCGAAUUGACGCCAGACGAGUCAGACCCAGCCUUCAGGCCGUUCCUACAAGAUCCCGGGCUGUGGAAGUCAGCUGCUGGAGACUCCAACGUCGCCGCACAACAAGAAGGUCUGGCUGCUUUAUGCGCUUUUCUGAAAUAUGGAGGCCAACAAGCUGCGGUCAAAUCACGCAAUUAUACCCUACAGCCAAUCUAUGAGAAAGGUCUAUCCUCGACCCGGCCCCAAGCCAAAGCGAGCGCUCUGGAAGCCCUGUUAUUAUACGUCGAAUUGGACAAGUCAGAACCAGUCAUCGAAGAAUUGCUCCCAGCGCUCUCUCACAAGCAGCCAAAGGUUAUCGCGGCUACACUGAACGCCAUUACUGCCAUUUACCACAAUUUUGGUGUCAAAAUUGUUGAGCCAAAGCCAGUAUUGAAGGCGUUGCCAAAAGUCUUUGGACAUGCUGAUAAGAAUGUUCGUGCGGAGGCACAAAACCUCACAGUGGAAUUAUACCGAUGGUUGAAAGAGGCGAUGAAACCGGUGUUUUGGGGCGAACUGAAGCCUGUGCAGCAACAAGACCUUGAGAAACUGUUCGAGAAGGUGAAAGAAGAGCCGGCGCCAAAACAAGAGCGACUGACGAGAGCACAACAAGCUGCACGGGCAACAGCACCAACAGCGUCUGCCGGUGGAUACGACGCAGACGAAGGUGCAGCUCCUGACGAAGAAGAAGAAGUUGAAGUGGACGCCUUCGACCUUGCUGAACCAGUCGAUGUCUACUCGAAGAUACCAGCGAAUUUCUAUGAAUUGGUCGGCUCGACGAAGUGGAAAGAGCGCAAAGAAGCCCUUGAUGCCCUUUUCAACGACCUAAACACUCCGAGAAUCAAAGAAGCGCCAUUCGAUGAAUUGGUACGGACAUUUGCGAAAUGCAUGAAAGAUGCCAACAUCGCAGUCGUGACAGUUGCGGCAAAUUGUGUGGAGAAAUUAGCGCUGGGCCUCAAGAGAGGAUUUGCAAAAUACCGAUCUACCAUCAUGUCGCCGAUGAUGGAGAGGUUCAAAGAAAAGAAACAAUCGGUUGCAGACGCCCUCGGUGCGGCUCUGGAUGCAGUCUUUGCUUCUACGUCUCUGUCCGAAUGCCUCGAGGAGACCUUGAGUUUUCUACCGAACAAAAAUCCCAAUGUCAAGGCCGAAACCAUCAAGUUCCUUGUCAGGUGUCUACGAAACACUCGAGAUGUGCCGUCAAAAGCAGAGCAGAAACUCAUCGCGGAUGCAGCAACCAAAUUGUUGACAGAGUCUACUGAGGCAAUUCGAUCUGGUGGUGCAGAGAUACUAGGUACACUAAUGAAGAUCAUCGGCGAGCGGGCAAUGAACCCAUAUCUAGACGGACUGGAUGAUAUACGCAAAGCUAAAAUCAAGGAAUUCUUUGAUGCUGCUGAAGUCAAAGCGAAAGAAAAGCUGAAGGCGGCCCCUCCACCAACCAAAGCGGCCUCUGCCCCUGGUAAGAAGCCUGCGCUCGGUGCGAAGAAACCUGUUGCGAAGAAAAUGGCACCGGCAGCCGCUCCAUCCGAAGAUCCUGCACCUCUCCAAGCAAGACCGACAGCUAAAGCCCUUCCAAAGCCCGGAGGCGUGGUACGUCCGGGUUCGGCACAGCCUUCAGCUCUCAAGCUUGGUGGACUCAAAAAGCCUGCAGCUGGCCCUCCAUCAAGUGGUAUUGGAACUCCCAGCCGGCGAGUGAUAUCUCCACCGAUGAGCACAGAUGAGGAAGAGGCUGCUGCUCCUUCUCCGUCAAAAUUUGGUAUGGGUCGUGGUGGACUAGCUGGCCGGCCAUUGUCUAGACCUGCGGCAGCUCCUUUAUCACCUCCGACAGCGCCACCUGUAUCAAACGGUCUCUCAGCCAUCGAACGUGCAGAGUUGGAAGAACUACGAGCCGAAAAAGAACGUUUGACAGUACUUAGCGACGGCCUCAGAAGCAGCAAUGCCAAGCUGACCGCCGAGAUUUCAGAAUUACAGAACCAGAACGCGCAACUCAUAGAAGACCACACACGAGAUGUGCUACAGAUCAAAGCCAAGGAAACGCAGCUAGUGAGAGCUCGAGGAGAGAUUGAUGUUCUCAAGGCCGAGAUAGACAGUGUGCGGAAAGAAAGUGAACGAUACAAGCGAGAAGUGUCAAGAUUAGGCCGUGAAAGCAUCGGUCGAGAAAGGGAAGAUAUGAUGCGCGGGCGGAACGACGACGCGCCCAGUUUUGGCAACGAAGGUGGUGGUAUCUAUGAAGACGCUACCGUACACAGAUAUCCUGCGAACGGCAACGCGUCAAGACCUACCAGCAGCAAUUUGCAAAGAACUGGUAGCACUGCUAGCUCGCAAAGCAGUCGCGCACCGAGCAGCAAGCCGAGACCUCAAAGCGGAUACACGCUGAGUCCAACCGAGGAGAAGGAGAACGGUGGUCUCGACCCGCUUGCAGCUCGACGAAAGAUCAGCCCGCCUGUCGGCAAUAUGGCGAACGGCAGUGGUCGAAGUAGUCCUCAGCGACCGACAUUUGCCAGCAGGGAAGCGAGCGAAUCCGGAAGUGUCGGGUCAAGGGAACCACGUGCAGAGGAGAACUGGAAAAGAGCCGCUGAGGUGACGAGUCAACUCAAGGCGCGGAUCGAGGCCAUGAAGGCACGCCAAGGUUUGACUCGACACUGAUCACGACAUGCCUCUCCUCAAGGGACCCAAGACCCAGGGAUACUUCCACUUUUUCAGGAAGUCCGCUAUUGCCUUUUCCAGCGUUUCCUUUGUACAGCGUUCAGAGUAAUACCAGGGCUGGCUCACGGUUGAAUGCUUCUCACCUGUGAAAGGUAUCACACCUCGAAGGUGAACGGGGUUGCAAUCUUGUAUGGCGUUUUGAUUCGAGAUACCACUCUGUUGUAUGGUGUUGUUCAAAGGGCACAGGGCGCGAGCAGAAGAAAGCCCCGAGUCGUCGGAAGCAGGCGGCAUUGUAUAUGUACCUUGGAAAUGAUGAUGGCAAUGAACAAAGUGCGUUCUCAUUGUGUCUAUCUUGUUGAAGCUUCCA